UAAAGCUUGUGUGAAGACCUUUCAUUUUUGAAUUGGCCCUUCAGCAAAUCUUUUUAUUCAGAUUUAACUAAUAAAAGAGUUUAUUAGUUGUGUUUACCACAAAGAACAAAAACACAAAUGUUUUACCUUUCCGAGGUACAUAAUGGUGUGCAGCAGCUGCAUGGUUGUAAGUCAUACACUUUGUCAUAAAGUUUCUGCAAUGAAACCCCACAGGAUUAUUACAUUUUCAAUAAUUGCCUCUCUGGUUAGGUUCCAAGGACAUUCCCACAGUAAGGGGUAAAUCAGUGCUGGUACUGCGCAGUGCUAAAGCCAAACCAAAGAAGCUUCCUAUAGUGGACACUCACACUUUCACCCUCCAUCCCUACAAUAACCUUCCCACAACUGCAACUCAGCCAUGAAAGAGCCAUUACAGUAAUCACUCCUCCUGCCAUGCAGCAGAGUCAGAAUGAUGCAGGACGUAAGCAUGCUUUACCUGGCCUUCGGGGUUUCAAAAGGGUCAAAGCGUGCUUCAAAAACAGAGCAAGUUUUCAUUGGCAUGACACCACUGAGCUAGGAAUUGAUAUUGAUUAUGUCCUGAGUGUGCUGCAGUCUGUCUUUCUCUCCUCUCACAGAUCUCUUCAUCAGCCGGUGUUGCCAGCAGGAGGGGUGCAGGGAGGGGUGAUAGAUAAAUAAAUAAGCCAAUAAAGGGUGCAUUGAGAGGGGGUGUGUGUAGCCAGGGGAAGAGGGUGCCUGCUCAAACAGUCCCGAGUCUUGUUGAAGGCUGGCUGCACUGCAGAGCACAGAGGAGAAGGGACCUUGAAGGAUUUGGGCUGCACUGCAGAAAGAUGCCACUGCAGUACAGCGCGGACACCACUGGCGGACCCCCGUCCUCCUCCACCCAGGUGAGAACUUAAUUCAGUGCUCUUAUCAGAGGCCUUCAUGUCCUGGGACGACAAGGAGGGAGAGACGCAAAGAGAAGGCGAGGGAAGCAGAACAGGAGGAGGAGAGGAGGGUGAUGGUGCUGUAUUUUUGGAUAAGGGAUCUCCUGAAUUAAGUGUGGCUGGAAUAAAGAUGUAGUGUGAGCAGGAGGCUGAACAAGGACGGUGCUGUACUCCACUGUGCUGGAGAGAAGAGGAGAGGAGAGGACGCACACACGCUCUCACACAUACACACACACACACCGGAGGAAAGAGCCCACCGUCACAGCUGCGGGGCUGGGAAGCCAUUCAUCUCGCUUCCUCAUCUCACCUGCUGCCCUCCCUCUUCAGUCCUGGCCAUUCCCAGCCCCCCUUCAUUCCUUUGUCAGGGUCCUGUCUUAUAUCCAAAGUCCUCAUUCUGUCUGGUGCACACCUGAGAACACAGACUAUCUCUGAACAAGAGAAGGCAUCGGCUGGUCACCCUCUGCCAACCUGCCAUGCACCUGUGACUUCAUACAGAUACUUUUGGAUGUGAUUUUCUACCCUUUCAUCUUUGACCACCUGCUUCAGUCAGGGCUGAGAAUCCAUGAUCAUCCCUACCAUCACAGCAUCCUGCAUCUUCCCUGUUUAACACUGGAGGAGAUUUGGUAACCAAGGAUCUGAUUGUCAUGGAUUGAUCUCCACCUGGGCAUCUCAUCAUGACUACAAUGCCCUCUCGCUUUGGCACUGCGGUGCGGAUCUUCAUCACCACCUUAUUUGCAGCAGUGGUGCUUUUCGCAAUCCUACUAGCCUAUGUGACAGGUUACCAGUUCAUCCACACAGAGCAGCACCAUCUGUCUUUUGGCUUGUACGGUGCAUUUCUAUCCCUCCACCUUCUCCUGCAGAGUCUCUUCGCCUACCUGGAGCACAGACAAAUGCGAGGCCCCUCCAGACCGCAGCACCUGCGCCGCACUGUGGCCCUCUGCAUUGCAGCCUAUCAGGAAGAUCCAGACUACCUUCGCAAGUGUCUGCGGAGCAUUCGCCGCAUUUCUUUUCCCGGGCUGAAAGUGGUGUUGGUGGUGGAUGGCAAUCGGCAGGAGGAUGCCUACAUGAUGGAUAUCUUCCAGGAGGUGAUGGGGGGAGUGGAGCAGACAGGCUGUGUGGUGUGGAAAGGGAAUUACCACAGUAACGGGGAUGGAGGAGGAGGAGGAGGGAAAGGCUCGGUGCAUGCCGAAGAGGCUGCACGAGUGGCCAGAGUGGUGCGGAGCUGCCGUUACUCCUGCAUCAUGCAGGAAUGGGGUGGCAAGAGGGAAGUGAUGUAUACAGCCUUCAAAGCACUUGGAGAUACAGUGGAUUACAUGCAGGUAUGUGAUUCAGACACUGUACUUGAUCCAGCAUGCACUAUUGAGAUGUUGAAGAUUCUAGAGGAGGAUCCUGAUGUGGGAGGAGUUGGAGGAGAUGUUCAGAUUCUGAACAAGUAUGACUCCUGGAUCUCCUUCCUGAGCAGUGUCCGCUAUUGGAUGGCCUUCAAUGUGGAGCGGGCCUGCCAGUCUUAUUUCGGAUGUGUGCAGUGCAUCAGUGGACCUCUAGGAAUGUACCGUAACUCUCUCCUUCAGCAGUUCUUAGAGCCCUGGUACCACCAGACCUUCCUAGGAAGCAAGUGCAGUUUUGGUGAUGAUCGACAUCUCACCAACCGCGUCCUUAGCUUUGGCUUCAAAACCAAGUUCACGGCACGCUCUCAAUGCCAGACCGAGACCCCAACACAAUACCUGCGUUGGCUCAAUCAGCAGACCCGCUGGAGCAAGUCUUACUUUCGAGAGUGGCUCUACAAUGCUCUUUGGUUCCACAAGCACAGCCUGUGGAUGACCUAUGAAUCUGUGGUUACUGGGUUCUUCCCCUUCUUUCUGGUGGCUACAGUCAUCCACCUGUUCUACAGAGGCCGGUUGUGGAACAUCUUACUCUUCUUGUUGACGGUCCAGCUGGUGGGUAUGGUGAAGGCCACCUACGCCUGCUUCCUGCGGGGCAGCCUUGUCAUGAUCUUCAUGUCACUCUACUCACUGCUCUACAUGUCAAGCCUGCUCCCUGCUAAGAUCUUUGCCCUGCUGACUAUUAACAAAGCAGGAUGGGGCACAUCAGGCAGGAAAAAGAUGGUAGUAAACCUUAUUGGAGCUGUGCCUGUUACUGUGUGGACAGCCAUUCUGCUUGGUGGAGUGGUUUACACCAUUUACUGCGAGGUUCAAGAACCUUUUACCGAGACUGAGAAGGCUCUUCUUAUCGCAGGCACCAUUGUCUAUGCCUCUUACUGGCUUAUACUCCUGGUGCUCUACCUGGCCAUAGUGGCCAAACGUUGUAACAAAAGAGAAGAACAGUUCCACCUUUCCUAUGCCGAAGCCUAGCAUGGUUUAUAUGCUGCCUAAAUGCUGUCGGGGCUUAUCUGAAAUGGCCCUAUAAUACAUGGUGCUGCAAUCCUGGUUAUAAUUAUGGAUCAUGUGCAAGUUUAAGACUGUCAGUUGUUUUAGCUAUGUUAGCUACAGCUACUCGUGAAGUUUCAAACAGUCCAUAUAAAAUAAUUAAAAGCUUUUGAAAAAGCCAUGAUUUACAUGAGCUGAAAUCAGGAAUGGUGCUUCUUGUGUUUAUAAAGCACACAGAGGAGGCACCGGCUGAGGUGGGCACAAAACUUGAGCCAAAGUUUAGCAUAAAACUGAUAGGUAAUGUAGUUACAGUAAGUUGGCAUGGUCAUGUUAUUUGUGUUUAGACUUUGAGAAAUUUAAAGGUUAGAGAAAAGUGUGCACCUCACUAGAGGAAACCUGCAUAGGACCCUAAGCUGGUCUUACUUGCCAAAUCCAGUCAGUAUUUUAUUGUCUUCUUUCUGACAAUCCAGCAUACUUUAUCUUUAGAUAUUCUGGUGCUGCUGAUACUUUUGUGGCGGAGCAUGAACAUUCAAUAAACAAACAGCAUUUAACUUUUAAUUUUAAUUUAGUUCACAAAUAUUUGCUACACUGUAUAUAUUUACAGUGCAUAAAGUAACUCCAGUUCCAGGAAUGGAUAAUGUCAGGCAAACAAAGAGGAUUCUUUUCUAGCAUUUAGUGUGCUUUAUUCUACCAUGUCCAGUGGAAAAAGUGUCACAUGGUCUCCUAAUAUUACUCCCAUUCUCCUUUUUACCCAUGAAAGUCUUAGCACAACCAUCAUUUAAAACAAAUACAUUGUUGUUAUUAUUUUCACUAUUUAGUGAAAGUGUUGCAAUUAACAAGGACAUUAAUAUUUAACCCACCCCCCAAUCUCAAGACAAUAGAAUUAAGGUACAUUCUGUUCAAGUUCUAAGUAGGGAUGCUCAUUUCGGUUAAUUUUGCUAACUGACAACCGUUGAUCGUUAAUCGGAUAUUAACAGUUAACUGGUCACAUUACUAUUAAAUUAUUAUUUAAAUUUUUUAAACAAAUUAACGUGUCUAUUUUGUGUCUGACACAUUAAAUAUUGCAUUUUAAAAUACUGAUUUAUUUUAGCAUAGCAUAUAGUAACAGAAUAUAACAACAGAGCAUCUUUACGCACCUGCUGUGUUUCCUAAAGCAUAGAAAAACAAAAUAAAAUUAAUAAAAUAAAUAGGCCUGCCCCAAAUUAUUUUCACUAAAUAAUUCAUUUAGAUUACAAAAUGAAAACACUGAGUGAAUCCUUUAUAAAAACUGGCAUAGGCUGUCUUUUUUCCAAUCAUGUGUUUUUGUCUUCCGUCAAAUAAAAAUAACAGACUUCCUCAAAUCGCUCGCUCCACGGAAAAUAUGCAUUGAUUUAAUGCCCCGAUGUUAUUAUUAUUAUAUCACAAAACUUUUUUACCUUUUUAAUAGAAAUCAUUAUUUUAAAGAUUACGUCUUGCUACAUUGUUUCCUCACUUACUUGCGGUUCAAGUGCGCCCGCUGCGUAAUGUAAAGACAAUACUGACAACAUGCGCAUAUGUUGAGUUUUUGUAAACAGUUUUGUUGUUAGAAUAUGAUAUUGCAUUAACUUGCAUACAUGCUUUAUAAACUGUAAAACGAAAGCUAAAGCCUAUUUGUUGUGUUAAUGACACAGAUCCAGGAGGCGAUCAGCAUCAGCGCUGGUUUGGCAUCAACUCAUCUGUAUCAAACAGCAACAUUCUUCCAUUUUGCUUCUUUGCCAAAUAUGUGUGUAGGCACGUGUGGUCAUACGUUAUCACUCCGUCCCGCGAGUUAACCAAUAAGUCUGAUCACAGCAAACAUGAUUUUCCAUUCCAAAAACGUAAUGUGCACCUCACUCCUUUUAUGUUGACAAGGAAAAAAAGGUAUAUUUAAAAAUAUUGUGAUAUUUAAGAUUCUUAAAUUCAUAAAGCUCUGGAUAACUUGAAACAGCGAGCACUAUUCUCUCCUACAUCUUUAAAAGUUCUCUGUAGUUGUCAGAAACUGCUGCUGUGGGAUGAGCAGCGUGCAAAACACUUGGGGCGGUUAGUAAACCAUUCAAAAGACGCCCCUCUUAACGCAAAAAGCGCAUUCAAUCAAUAAAAUAAUAUUUUUUUAAUCGUUUAGCUGAUAACAUUAAUCGGUCACCUAUUCGGUUAACGGUUAAUCGAUUAUUUUGAGCAUCCCUAGUUCUAAGCCCAAGCAGCGAUGGAUGAAAAUAUAUACUGUUGAGUUGAAGUCACGCAUAAUUUUUUAAUGUAAACUUUGAAUAAUAUUUUAAACUGUAUAUUUAUAUGGAGGUUUAUAAUUUAAGUGUUGAGCUUAAUCACCUGAUUCAAUGUUUAACCUCAGAAGCAUGUUGUUUUGAUGAUAUAAUAAUAUUACUGCUUUUUCCCACUUAAAAAUGUAUAUUAACUACAUACGGGCCUAAUAUCUAGUUUUUGCAUUUUAACUUAAUAUUACAGAAUACAACCACCUUUGCAAAUCCUAACAAUAUUAUUAAUAUAAUUCCCAUUAGUUUGUUUGAAAUGUUCAGUUAGCUAGAGAAAUUAAUUUAAAUUAAAAACCAACUGAAUUAGCUUUAUGGUAUGCAAAGCUAGUAUUUCUGUUGUUUUUCCGUCCUCAGCCUACCCAAUGCAACAAUUAGUGCAUUUACAAUUUAACUUUUUUUUUUUUUUUU